GGUCCUUUCGCUUUGAUAUACCUGCGGACCUCCUUGGAGCACGCUGUCGCAGAAUACUGCCUUUACGCUUUAUCCGCCAGCCACUCGCUUUCCGGCCGCACUCUCUCGGCCUCCCCACCGCUCCUUCAGCCCUGUCCAAACAGUUUGGAGUCUUGAACACGCCAUAGCCAGGCGUUUGGUGAAACGCGAACCGAUUCUGUUGCUCACUCUAGCUUGCCGUGCGUACCUGAAAUUGCUGGGGUGCACCGGCUUCGAUACGCUGCGCCCCUCGGCUUCACGUUCCACGUCUUAUCGACCUUCUCCGACGCCGACUACACCUCAACACUCGACACACCCCACCCACGGACACACUGCACGACUCGGUGGAGAAGAGUUGGACUACCCUAGGAGGGCUUUUCUGGAGACAAUAUGGUAGAAGACAAAUAUGUUGGCCUGAUGCUGGCCGUAUCGUCAUCGUUAGCCAUCGGAACAAGCUUCGUCAUCACUAAGAAGGGACUCAACGCCUCCGCAGAAAAGCAUGGCUUUGAUGGAGAUAACUUCUCAUAUAUGCGGAAUGCCACAUGGUGGGCUGGCAUGGUCACCAUGGUCAUCGGAGAAAUAUUCAACUUCGCUGCAUACGCCUUUGCCCCCGCGAUUCUGGUCACGCCGCUGGGAGCGCUCUCUGUUCUGAUUGGGGCAGUAUUAGGUUCAUAUGUGCUACAAGAACAUCUAGGAUUGCUAGGGAAGAUUGGCUGUGCUAUAUGUCUGAUUGGAUCCGUCAUCAUAGUCCUGCAUGCGCCGCCGGACAAGGAGGUUUCGUCCGUUGAUGAGAUUCUGCAUCUUGCGUUGGAGCCCGGCUUCCUCUUCUACUGCGCCUUCGUCGCCAUAUUCUCCGUCCUCAUGAUCUACAAAGUCGCCCCAAAGCACGGCCGUAAGAACCCGCUCAUCUACCUCUCCAUCUGCUCCACGACCGGCUCCGUCUCCAUUAUGGCCAUAAAAGCCUUUGGAAUAGCAUUGAAGAUGACGAUUGGGGGAAACAACCAAUUCACACAUCCCUCGACAUACGUAUUUGUCAUCAUGAUUGUGGGAUGCAUUCUCACACAGAUGAACUAUUUCAACAAGGCUCUGAGCCAGUUUUCCACAAACAUUGUUAACCCCCUCUACUACGUGACAUUCACAACCUGUACCCUCAUCGCCUCCUUCCUUCUCUUCCGCGGCUUCAAUACCACCUCCGCCGUCAACACCAUUUCUCUUCUCUGCGGCUUCCUGGUCAUCUUCUCCGGUGUCUAUCUGCUCAAUCUUUCGCGCGAGGAUCCCGAUGGCCGCAAUACACUAGGAAAUGGAUUCUCAGACGCCCCGCCCACAGACGGUAUAAGUGGAUUCCCAACACGAAGAAGUAUGCAAGCAAGGAGAAGUACAGAUCUACGGAGUCCAUUUCUGAGCGGGAACGGAAGCGCAAGGCAGAGCCUGGGAGAUCGGGGAGCAUUGAUGCAAGACUACGAUGUCGAGAACCAGUUCGAACUCGGUGAUCUAGUUGAAGACUCCGACGAGGGAGACGCGGGAGGCAAGCGCACAAGUUUCGACGAGGGAGUCAGAGCGCAAAACGGACAUGCUAGUCCGGGAAGUGUUCGGAUCAAGAAAGAAUCGGUGCGGACGAGCAUGAAGGGCGCAGAACGAUAAACUUCGACGACAUUCAAAUCCGACCCGACACCGUACACGACCUCCUUUCUGUUUGUUAAUGCUACAACGAAUAUCCAUCAACGCUCCACCCGGCUCAAGGAGCGCAUGCGCCUGUUCUGUAUAUACUACCCCCGGAGCCUACUAUACUAUUUCAAUUUCAUAAACAUCACAUAAAGACGGAGCAGAAACCGCACGGCUGGCUGCGCGGCGAC